AUGCUCACUGGGGGUGCCCUGCUCCCAUUCCCGGUAGUACGGUACAUAUCUUUACGGAUUGCGACAUCUGCUGCGGGAGCAGCUGGUAUUAUUAACGCAUGCGCGAUCCUAGGAAGCUCUGCGACGAAUAACAAACUUGCUAGCUGGGCAAAUGCGUGGCUUCACUUUGUUCUCUUGCAUGACUCAGACUCGGCUGAAUUGCAAUGGGGAACCGGGAGAUCUAAAGGGCUUACUGCUGCUUGCUAUUUCUUGUGGAUGAUCGGGGCAGCAUGUGACUGGUACUUGAAACGAAAGAUAGGGGAGGAUCCUGAGGAGGCAUGGGAUAACGUCCUUGGUUCUUACGCUGCGACAUUUCCCCCAGAGGCAUCCCGGAAGGGUACUUUUACACCCAUCAAAUCCCGAUGGGAUACGCUUAAAGAGAAGCUCUUCGCUAAUGCGAAUAGCUCCAGGGCAGAAAAUUCACUCUUAUUCUCAUCUAAAUCACAUGUCUCGCCGACUCUUCCCAAGUUUCACCAAGACUCCAAAGCUCCACCUGUAUUCAGGCCUCGCGUUCCUGGGACACUUACCCCCGACCCGUAUGAUUCAGACUCUGAUUCAGAUUUGGCUGAAGGAAGAAGAAUAAUGGGAAGAACUCCUAAUGAAAGGAAAUGGACCGCGUCUACGAACUAUUCCGAUGCAACUCUUGUCAAUUCAGACGGUUUUCGUAGACACCAUGGAACCGGUGGAACCUUUCGGCAUCCACCUAUUUUUACCUCCGGCCUCCCGAGCUCUCAGAUAGAGUAUGGUGACAAGGAUGCGGAACGUAGCCCCGAGCUUAACCUUGGUCCUCACCGAAUUGAGCCAUCCAAGGGUAACGACGAUAAUUGGAGACCUGUUUUCCUGAAACGAAGCGACUCGAUCAAAUCGACCAGUUUGGAGGUAGCGGAAGUCGAGAGUCGAGACGUAACCACAAUGGCUCCUGCAGCAUUGCACUCAUACGACAUACCAGGCCAUCCUAUAUUGGACCGCCAUGGCUCCAAUUCAACAGCACCCUUAUAUGCGCUCCCUGAGAACCAAUCAUCCACGCCAGGCCUUGUACCCGCGACUCCUUCCUUGAUCCGAGCGCUGAAUCGUGUCUCAGAUGCACAAAGACAAGCAUAUCCAGAAAGUAUAGCGAACGGGGGAAUGAACAAUUGCGCCGGAGGGGUUCUAUCAGAGAAUCGCAGUUAUCCUCACCCAGGUCUCGGCAAUGGACAAGCAGAACUUGGAGAGAAAGAUCGUUGGAGAGGGUUCUGGAAUGAAGUUCACCAGAAGGCUGCUUUACCGUGA